AUGUCUGACAACAUAAAUAAUAAUUCUUCGUUCGACUUGUUGAUUCGAACAUUCUAUCAAGAUGAUCGUACACAAUUCGAUAUCGAACUUAAUCAUUUAUUAGACCUUUCACGUUCACAAGACAUGCGCCUAUGUACUGAAAUUAUUCUUCAGGCAUAUAAAAAAAAUGAAUUAAAUUUUCUCGAAGAAUUACUUGAUCGAGAAGUUAUUUAUAGUGGUAUACCAAACUUAACAACAUUACAUGCCGCAUCAGGUUAUGCCUUAUCACGUCUUGCUCAGUACCUUCUUGACGAACGAAAAACAGAUCCAAAUCAAACAUGUACAUUUGUUAAAAAUGAUCAACUCUCCGGUAUUACUCCAUUACAUUUCGCUUGUGGUAUAGGACCGGAAAAUCUUGUUAAUGAAACCGCUGAUACUGUGAGAUAUUUACUGUCAUCCGGUGCAGAUGUUAACCUAGUCACAUCACGUCAAGAUACAGCUUUACAUUGGGCAUCUAAGUUUUCUAAUGAAGAUGUUGUUCGAUCGUUACUCGAAUAUAAAUCAAAUGUCAAUGCAAUAAAUAGUUUACAAUAUACACCAUUAUGCGAAGCAUGCUUUUAUGGUAAUUUUGAAAUUGUUAAAAUUCUAGUUGAACACGGAGCUAAUGUCAAUGGAAAUCAAGAAGAUGAACGUUCGCCAGUUCAUCUCGUUUGUCGUGGCUUAUUAAGUGAACAUAAUGCACGUCGAACUACUCCAUUGAAUGAAUCUGUUAUUGAAAAACUUGAAAAACGCCUAGAAAUAGUUAAAUAUUUGUAUUCACACGGUGCAUCCAUCGAUACUUUUGAUCAUGACGGUCUCACUCCAUUUAUGUAUGCAUGUUCAAGUGGCAAUUAUUCAUUGGUAAAAUAUUUACUCGAUGAACAUAAAACUAAAGAUGAUACAUCAACAUUACGAAUAAUCAAUGAACGAUCGAACACGGGUGAAACAUGUCUAAUGUAUGCCAUUGAAUCGGGUAAUUUGGAUAUAGUCACUCUUCUAUGUAAUCAUGGAGCUAAACUUGAUGAUCAAAAAAGUCCAUCCUAUGUAACAGCAGCUGCUUUCUAUGGGCAUAAUGAAAUACUGGAAAAAAUAAUUCUACUUGGCCUUGAUAUAAAUGAAUUUGAUCAAAACGAUGAUGGUGUCAUAUUCAAUCCUAUUUACGCUUGUUGUCAUUGCGGUUCAGUAGAAUGUCUACAAUUAUUACUUGAGGCUAAAGCAAAAAUUGAUUGGAAAACAAGUCAAGGAACAAAUCCUCUACAUGCUGCUUGCUAUUCAGAUAAAUGUUCUGUCAAACUCGUCGAACUUCUCUGCCAAUAUGGAGAUUUUGAUAUCAAUGAAUGUACGGAUUCGGGUGAAACACCACUUCUUAUGGCUAUAGAAAGAAAUGAUUAUGACUUAGUUGAUUAUUUACUGCGACAAGGUGCCUUGCCAGAUCGACCCAAUCAUGAUGAAUGCUAUCCUAUUCAUCUAGCUUGUUUUAAUGGACACGCUAAUAUUCUCUAUCUACUUCUUGCAUUUAAUGCUACUAUUGAACAGUCAAAUGAAAACUAUCCACAUCCAUUGGUGAUUACAACAUAUAAAAGAGAUCUAGAAUGUUCGAAAUUACUAAUUGAAUCGCCUAAAUGUUCCGAUCGAAUGGUUCGUGAAAUCUUAAUUGAAUCAAUCGAAAAUGGCUUUGACGAAUUAAUAAGUGAAAUACUUAAUUUACGACCGCAUCUAAUACCAGAUGAACUUAAAGAUAAAAUGGCUGAUACACUUCUCGCACUCGAACAACUCAAUAUUGAUUCAUCAGCUUAA